AUGACGACGACGACGCAGGCGCGCGGACGAGCGCUUCGACGCGGCGUCGUGGCGCAGAGCGGCAAGGAAGGGAAGGAUAAGGUGUACAUCGGCAAGGGACGAUUCGUCGAGGAUGAUGCGAAGAAGUACGCUGGGCGCGAUAACUGGUUCACCGGUGGAUGGCCCGGUGGGGAGAAGGCGCUCAAGGAGGUUUUCAUUCAAGAGGAGCUCAAGGCGACGAAGGGUAAGCAGGCGACGAGCGACGCCGUGAGCGAUCGAGAGCUCCCGGAUUACGCGAAGGGCAGCGAUAAGGUGUACGUCGGCAAGGGUAAGUACGUCGAGGGCGACGCUAAGCAAUUCGCCGGUCGAGAUAACCUGUUAACGGGGGGAUGGGCCGGAGGAGAAGUCAACUUGAAGGUUGGCCAAGCUCUGAAGUUGAAAAACGGCGACUUGGUGAAGAUCAGAGCCGGCGGCGGAUUCUUCGGUAUCGGCAGUAAGCCCGAGCGUGUGGGUACCGUACGCAAGGUGAACACCAAGAAGAACGGCGACGCUACGGUCGAGGUUGCGGUGCUUCCCUUUGACCGUGUCGAAACCGUCGAUGCGUCGCUGUGCUCGCCGACCACCGUUGAAGAGAUGUGA